AUAGUCUUUAAAUCUUAAUGAUAAAAAUGAUGAAAUUAAAACCAAAACUGCUAUUUUCCCCCUGAAUUGUUUAUUUUAUUUUUUUGGGAAAAUAUUAUUAGAUUGUUUUUUUACAUGAUUAUUUUCCUCAAUUUAAUUUUUUUUAGACACCUGUUAGUUAAAGAGGACUUAAUACGAAAGAUGUCACACCAGGUUUUUGUUUAUGGAACUCUCAAACGCAAUGAACCAAAUCACCAUUGGCUAACAAAUCCAGACCAUGGAUGUGGAAAAUUCGUAAGUGAAGGCUAUACAAAGAAUAAAUACCCCCUGAUUAUUGCAACAAAGUAUAACAUACCAUUUUUACUGUACAGCCCUGGCGAUGGACAUCAUGUCAAAGGUGAAAUUUUUACAAUUGAUGAUAUGAUGCUAAGUAAACUUGAUAUAUUAGAAGAUCACCCAAAGUGGUAUAUCAGAGAAAUUGAUGACAUUAUUGUCAAGACACCAGGGACAGACAAAGAAGAAAUAAUGAAGUGUUGGGUAUAUUUCCUGAAAAACUUCAGACCAGAUCUUUUAAGAAAACAGCUUUAUGAGAACUAUUCCUCUAUUGGUGCGCAUGGAUUAAAAUAUUUGGAAAGUGAUAAUGAGGCCACAUUAGAGGAUUUGGAUGAAUUGUUAAAGAAAUAGUCUUCUUAUGCCUAAUAAGAUGCACAUGGCUUUACAAUAGGACAGAUAUAUAUAUAAAUAACUAAAGUGUAUAUUGUGCAAUUUAUGGUUGAUGUUUCUUUAAUUUUUGAUAUGAAAAUUAUAAUAUAAAUUAGAGUAUUUAAAGAUUGUACCUGUUCCAUUCCUAUUCUAUGAGUAAUUUUAAUAAAUUUUAAAACGUU